AUGCGUAUGACUAUUGCAGCUUUGACUAGUCAAACAUUAUUUAUUCCGCGAGAAAUUAUGUAUUUUAGCAGAAAUAUUUCACGAUUUUAUCACAGUCGUCAAAAAUUGUGCUGCAUGAAUAAUUUUCAGUUAGGAAAACAUUCAUUAUUUCCGCUUGUCGUUAAUACAUGGACUAUACCGAAGACAUAUUAUAGCAACGAAAGCAAAAUAGCUUUCCCCGAAUGCUUAACAAAAGAAACAGCGAAAGAAGUAGCAUCCAAACUUACCUCAGACGAACGAAAUCUUUUUCUAAGGGCUCUUGAAGAAUGUAAAUCAGAAGAAGAUAGAGCUGGAUAUCAGCGUCAAUUAGCUGCAUUUCGAUGGUGCAAUAAACUUGGAAGACCUAGUAAAAUACCAUCAUUGGGAGAUGUGGAUCCUACAGGCACUUAUUGCCCUUUACCUGAAGAUUGGCUUAUGCGCAAGUAUGAGCCACACUUAGCUGAAACUGUUCCAGAACCAUCCACAAAAGAUCUAGUAUUAGUUGCGAUUUCAAACGCAAUUCCGUUCAUUGGCUUCGGUUUUUUAGACAACUUCAUCAUGAUUGUUGCUGGAGAUCAAAUCGAAAUAAUAUUGAAUAAAAAGUUCCCAAUAUCAACUAUGGCAGCUGCAGCAUUAGGGAAUACAAUAUCUGAUAUAAUAGGAAUUGGAUCAGUACAUUAUGUAGAACGUUUUGCACAAAGUGUUGGUUUUAAAGCCCCAAAACUUACUCCUAUGCAAUUAAAUUUACGUAGGACAAAAGCAGCUGCAAAUAUGGGACGUGUUAUUGGAGUUACAAUUGGCUGUUUUAUCGGAAUGACACCUAUUCCUAUUUUCUCCUACUUUCAUAAUGGUGGUUGA